CUCGCCUCCACACUUUCAUUUGGCUCAUUCCACAUGCUCAGUCUGCUAGCCAAUGAUUAUCUGGCACACACUGUUGAGUUGCUGGAAGCUGAAGAGCGGACAUCUGAAAUGAUGCAGAACAUCUCAAUGGAUGGUGAUGCAACAGCAAUUCCAGAAGCACCUGGAAAACAAACUGUGCCCUCAUCAACCAACACAAGUCAAGAAAUUCUAGAAUAUCAUGAAGAGACAAUGAUAGCAACAUCUGUGCCAUUUACUUACCAAGCAGGUUUGAACGGGGGAUCCAAAACUUCAUACGACUACAUAUGCCUGUCCACUCAGCGUCAGCCCAGCUAUGCAACCAAGGACUUAGCUAAUGGCAGCUUGUCACAUGACAUCCACACCGAAGACUGUCUCUACAGUGAAGGAAGAAGAUAUGAUUUUGUAGAUGUAGCAUCAACUUCAUUCAUCUGUACAACUCCAUACACAUACCAGGGUUACUAAAAGUGUACAAUGACAACAGACUGUCAUAACAAUUUUUCAGCAAGUCUACCAUCCACAUAAAAUUAACUUCCACAUUGAAUGCAACUGGUUUCAGUGAAAGGAUAUAUGCAGUACUUCUUCCAGAAGAGAACUGAGGAGGCCUGUGCAAGACAUCAGUGCAGCACAUACACAUCUGUCAUAAUGAGGCACAUGUCUGCAUCAGAGUUUCAAAUUUCAGUAUGUCUAUAGUUGAUUGAGAAACAGUGCUACAAGCCGGAAGGUCGCAGGAUCAAAUCCCAAUGAGGUGGAUUUUUU